AUGGAAUCCUCACCUCAGCUCAAGCAUAUCUUGGUCGAAAUGGCCGAAAAUGACCCAACCCGGCUGCCCACGCCUUCAGCAUGCACUGCCGACUUUUGCUUGAUUCCAAUUGGUACUCCCACGGCGUCCGUCUCGCAAGAAGUUGCUGCCGUGCAACGAUUGCUUAAGAGGAGCAAUGUCAAAUACAGCAUGCACUCUGCUGGUAYCACUCUUGAAGGCACCUGGGAUCAGUGUAUGCAAGUGAUUGGCCAAUGUCAUACUAUGCUGCACAGCAACGGUGUGGUCCGCAUCCAAAGUGACAUCCGUGUUGGAUCUCGAACAGACAAGAGGCAAGGCUUUGAAGACAAGGUGAAAGCUGUGGAGAUGCUUCUCGCAAAGGAUGACGAGGCCGAACACGAAAAGUAG